CUGAACCGACGGGUGAACAUGUCCAAGGUGAAGCUCGACGUCGUCAAGCCGUGGGUCGCGCGGCGCGUCACCGAGCUCCUCGGCAUCGAGGACGACGUCCUCGUGUCGAUGAUAUUCAACGUGAUGGAGAUGGACCAGAUACACAAGGACGGGAGCGUGAUGUACGGGCAGCUGCUGACGUUCUUGGAGCGGAACACCGCGACGUUCAUGACGGAACUGUGGGAUCUGCUCGUGAGCGCGCAGGAGAACGCCCACGGCGUCCCGCAAGCGUUCAUCGACGCCAAGGAGGCGGAGCUGACGCGUCAA